AUGAUCAACCACAAAUAUUUUCUCCACAAAAAAAUCAAAUACAUUUGGAACGAUGAAUUGCAAAUGUUUCAAAAGCUCAGGGGCCUGGAUGGUGAACGCUUCUGCUCUCAAUUUCAUCUUUCUAAAGGACAUUCACAAGAAGAAGAGUCACGCUGGAGGAAUAUUUAUGGCUUCAACAACAUCAUUGCUCAUGUCACACCUGUGUAUAAACUUUUUCUUACCGAAGCUCUCAAUCCAUUUUAUGUUUUUCAACUGUUCAGCAUCAUACUCUGGUACGCCGAUGAUUAUGAAUUUUAUGCCUCAUGUAUUGUCAUCACGUGCAUCAUUUCUUUAGGGGUUUCAGUUCGUCAAACCAGAUCAAUGCAACGAGCCUUGAAACAUACUUUGUCACCUUCGGAAGUGGUAUCUGUAUAUAGAAAAGACAUUCAAGAUUUUGAAUCCGUUACUUCCGAUAUUUUGGUUCCCGGUGAUCUUAUUGAAAUACCUCCAAGUGGUUGCGUCAUGCAGUGCGAUGCGGUCCUCAUAACUGGCAAUUGUAUCGUCAAUGAAAGCAUGCUCACAGGUGAAAGUGUUCCGUUAACAAAAACCCCUUUACCUGGCGAAGGAGUAUUCAAUUCAAAUGAUCAUUCUAAGCACAUUUUGUUCUGUGGGACACAUGUUAUGCAAACACGUUAUUAUGAUAAUAAAAAAGUAAAGGCAGUUGUCAUGAGAACAGGUUUCUACACAGCUAAGGGAGAGCUGGUUCGAUCUAUAAUGUUUCCCAAACCCUUAGACUUUAAAUUUACAAAGGAUGCCUUUAAAUUUGUUGGAGUUCUCGCUCUUGUAGCAUGCAUUGGCAUGAUUUACACAAUCGUUCUUAUGGUUAAGAAAGGAGAGUCUCUGUCAUUAAUUAUCAUAAGGUCACUUGAUCUAGUGACUAUUGUUAUUCCUCCUGCUCUUCCAGCAGCCAUGACAGUUGGCAUCGUUUUUGCUCAAAAAAGAUUGAAACAGUCACAGAUAUUUUGCAUCAAUCCUUCCGCAAUCAAUUUGUGCGGGGCGAUAAAUGCAUUUUGUUUUGAUAAAACUGGAACACUUACAGAAGAAGGCUUGGAUUUCAUGUGUGUUGUUCCAGUUAUUAAUGGAAACAAAUUUGCAAAAGAAGAGCAGCAACUUUUUAAACUAGACAAAAAAGAUCCGCUCUUGGUUGCUAUGGCUACAUGUCAUUCAUUAACAAUAAUUGAUGGACACAUAGUUGGAGACCCUCUUGAUUUGAAGAUGUUUCAAGCUACUAACUGGGAUUUGGAAGAAUCUGGUAGUGACGAAUCAAAGUACGAUGUUAUGACUCCUACCAUUGUUCAUCCUAAAAAUCCUGACAUUGUUUUGCCAUAUCAAGUCGGAAUAUUGCGUAUGUUCACGUUUUCUUCAAAAAUGCAAAGAAUGUCUGUUGUAGUGAGGGAGCUAGGAUGUGAUCCUGUGCAUUGUUUUGUUAAAGGCUCGCCCGAGAUAAUUGUUACUUUUUGUGAACCCUCUUCAGUGCCUUGCAAUUUUCAAGAAGUUUUGAUGUUCUACACCAAGCAAGGUUUCAGAGUUAUAGGUUUUGCUUACAAAACGCUCUAUAAAUUAUCUUAUGUAAAAAUCCAAAGAAUGGAAAGGGAAGCCGUUGAAUCAAAUUUAAUCUUUUUGGGAUUGUUAGUUUUGGAAAAUCGUUUAAAGCCUGAAUCGACAUCAGUAAUUAGAAAAUUAAAAGAUGCACACAUCAGAACUAUCAUGGUCACUGGUGACAAUAUCUUAACCGCACUGAGUGUGGCUCGUGACUGUGAAAUGAUUGAAAAAAAUGACAAAGCUGUCCUUGUCUCUGCAAGAGCACCAACGCCUUCAAAUCCAGUAGACGUCGAAUUCAACUUAUGUGAAGAUUUAAAACACAAGAAGGUUAUGUUGGAUGUGGAGCAAUUUGGAAUGAAUCAUUUGAUUGUUGAUGGCAAAUCAUGGUUGAAUAUUAAAAAAUUUUAUCCAGAUAUUCUAGACAAGCUGGCCGUUAGGGGUACAGUAUUUGCACGAUUUUUGCCAGAACAAAAGCAGCAGCUUAUUGAAUUACUUCAAGAAAACGGGUACUUUGUGGGCAUGUGUGGAGAUGGUGCGAAUGAUUGUGGAGCCUUGAAGACUGCCCAUGCUGGAAUCUCCCUUUCAGAGGCGGAGGCGUCCGUUGCCUCUCCAUUCACUUCCAAGCAAGCCAACAUAUCAUGUGUCUUAAAUGUCAUGAGGGAAGGUCGAGCAGCCUUAGUGACGUCAUUCGGAACGUUCAAAUUCAUGGCUGGUUACAGUUUAACGCAGUUUUUGUCCGUUUGUCUUCUCUACUGGAUUGGCGCUAAUUUCACUGAUUUUGCUUUUCUGUAUAUUGAUCUAGUUCUGUUGACAAGUCUUGGGCUAACCUUUUCCUAUACUGCUUCUCAUUGGAAUCUUGGCAAGAAACCACCUUCAGUCACCCUCAUAGCAGCUCCACCAAUUCUUUCCGUCAUAUUUCAACUCGUCGUCAAUCUCUCCUUCCAGUUCCUUCUCUGGCGGUUUGCGAGCAAUCAGCCGUGGUCAGUAGUUCCAUUUGUUGACCACAACGACCGUAACUACCGGUGUCAUGAAGUGACGCUCAUAUUCGCCAUAUCAUCAUUUCAGUACAUCACCAUGUCCAUCGUCUUCACAAAAGGAUCUCCACAUCGCAGAAAUAUCUUUUCAAACUAUGUUUUCUUAGUGGACAUUAUUGUGUGUUUUGUGCUCUCAGCCUAUUUGACUCUUUGUCCUUUUCCGUGGCUGCAAAAAGUUUUGGAACUUUCCUUGUCACCUUCUUUCAUUUUUAGAGUAUUAAUCGUUGCAACAGCAAUUUUGAACUUCAUGAUCAGUUUCAUCGUUGAAGUAAUCUUUCAUUUUCUUCAUUGA